AACAAAACGCAAAAUCCAAAAUGAAAUCGAAGUGGUCUUUUGAAGUCCGCAAAUUGUCAGAUUUUCAAAAUAUGAAGUAAUUUAAUAAUGAUUUACAAGCUGAUUGUGUAGUAUUUACCAGAUGUAAUUGAAUAUAUAUACCGCUGAAGUGUUUUUGAUUGUUACGUGAUUAUUUUUUUUACAAGCACCGGAGUUGGAGGUUAUGAAAUAAAAAUCGCCCUUUAAAAACAUAUUUAUGUUUAAGCUAUACAACAUAAUUACGUAAACUAUGUCGAGAAUACUGCACAAUCGUAUAAGAUCGUCAUUUACGAAGUCUCCAGUAUGGUCAUGUGUGGACAAGCGUGCCGUCGCGUUCUCGGUGUGGACGGGGCGCAGCUUGCUUCUCCGGAAGCCUGUAGACACCAGUCAUGUCCAGAAGAGGAAGUAUGGGAUGCUGGUGGCCCGGGCGGUCAGAGGGCUACUGAAGAUUAGGUAUCUGGUGCUGGGAGGCGCCGUGGGUGGAGGGAUGACGUUAAAUAAGAAAUACAUAGAAUGGAAGGAUGGCCUCCCAGACAUGGGAUGGGUGAAUGAGCUGCUUCCUGACGAGAAGCAAUGGAACCAGUUCACUACAACCCUUCUCAAUGCUAAGGAGAAGAUCGGGGACAACCUCAAUAUUGGUGAGCCCCUGAUGCUUGUCGCAGAUCCGCGGCUCCGCGACGCCGGGCUGGCGCGCGCCGCUGAGCUCAAAGAGUGGCUGGCGCAGAGAUACGAGGAUGCUGUGGCCGCUGCCGCUGUCAACAACCAGAAUAAUAUCGAACCAGCCCCGAAGAUUGUGAACAAUCUGCAGAGCAAACCAGCUCCGGCGGCCACGGGCGGUGGCAGCCGGGCCAGCGACGAUCGGACUUAUGAAAAACGUGUCCAUGCCCUUCAAGAAGAAGUCCUAGCGCUCCAAGCUCGCUACCAGCGCGAGCUGCAGAGGCUCGAACAAGAAAACAGGGAGCUGAGACAACAAAAUAUGCUCCUAAGGCAGGGUAGGCAGCCUCCCGCGAGGAAGAUUAAGCGGUCCCUAAUCGACAUGUACUCGGCCGUGCUGGACGAGCUGUCGGGCUGGGACGCGGGCGAGACGGACCGGCUCCCGCGCGUGGUGGUGGUCGGCGACCAGUCCGCGGGGAAGACCUCCGUGCUGGAGAUGAUCGCGCAGGCCAGGAUAUUCCCGAGGGGCGCCGGGGAGAUGUGCACGAGAGCUCCGGUAAAGGUGACCCUAUCAGAAGGUCCGUACCACGUCGCUCAGUUCAGGGACUCGGCGCGCGAGUUUGACCUCAACAAAGAGUCAGACCUCGCAGAUCUAAGGAAAGAAGUGGAGCUGCGAAUGCGUAACAGUGUGCGCGGAGGCCGCACAGUUUCCACCGAAGUCAUCUCCAUGUCUGUCAAAGGGCCCGGCAUACAGCGGAUGGUGCUGGUCGAUCUGCCUGGCGUCAUUUCAACGCAAACAGUGGAUAUGGCUUCAGAUACGAGGGACGCCAUCAAACAAAUGAGCAAACAGUACAUGGAGAACCCAAACGCUAUCAUAUUGUGUAUACAGGACGGAUCAGUGGACGCCGAGCGAAGCAACGUGACAGAUCUAGUCUCAUCCUGCGACCCAUCAGGCAAAAGGACCAUAUUUGUUCUAACUAAAGUGGAUCUGGCUGAGGAAAACCUCACUAAUCCGAACAGAAUCCGUCGUAUUCUCGAAGGUAAACUGUUUCCAAUGAAGGCUCUCGGCUACUAUGCCGUGGUGACGGGUCGCAGUAGGAAAGAUGACUCCAUUCAGAGCAUCAGAGAGUACGAGGAGAGGUUCUUCCGGUCUUCCAAGUUAUUCAAAGACGGCCUGGUCACCCCAUCUCAAGUGACAACCCGGAACCUGUCUCUAGCCGUGGCAGAUUGUUUCUGGCGAAUGGUCCGCGCUACUGUAGAACAACAGGCUGAUGCCUUCAAGGCCAUGAGGUUUAACCUUGAGACGGAGUGGAAGAAUACUUUCCCUAGACAACGCGAGCUGGACCGUGACGAGCUCUUCGAGCGCGCUCGCGCCGAGCUCCUGGACCAGUCCGCGGAGCUGUCCGCCGUGCCGGCCGCCGUCUGGGAGAAGCGCCUCGCCGCCGCGCUGUGGACCGCCGCUUCCGGCAAGGUGUUCACCGGGAUAUACCUGCCCAGUGCUGCGGCCGCUCAAGAGGACGUCGACAAAUUCAACACGUCAGUUGACAUAAAACUUCGAGAAUGGGCCGAGGCGGAGCUCCCCGUACAAUCCAUCCAAGCCGGCUUGGAGGCGCUCCGGGAAGAAUUUGAGGAAGUGAUGGCGAAGGGAGGCGAGGGGGACCCUGUGUACGAUGCGCUAAGAAAGGAAGCCGUGGAGCAAGCACUAAUGAGACAUCGAUGGGAGGACCGGGCGCAAGAUGUGCUUCGAGUUCUCCAACUAAACGCUCUUCAGGAUCGUUGUGUGGGCUCUAGAAGCGAUUGGGAUAACGCCGUAGCGCUCAUGGAGCAGGCCCUACGGGAUCAGCUUCAGGCUACAGAUAAAGAACUUACGGCACUCACAGGUCCGGGUUUCAAGGACCGCUGGCUGUACUGGCAGAGCAGCAGCGAGGAGCAGAGCCGUCGCGCGGAGGUGCGCGCCGAGCUCGAGCGGCUCGGCGCCGCGAGACCUGCUCUAGCGCACGACGAGCUCGUCGCCGUCAGGGAUAACCUGAGGAGGAGGGGCGUGGAGGUCGACAACGAAUACAUCAGGGAGACUUGGAGACCCGUGUAUCUCAAAAAUUUCCUACAACGCGCGCAAACGAGAGCUAGAGAUUGUAAGAAAAGCUUCUACUUGUACAGUCAACAGAAUGGCAAUGGCAAGGAAUGCUGCGAGGUGGUGAUGUUCUGGCGCGUGCAGCAGACUCUCCGCACCACGGCCAACGCGCUCCGGCAGCAGCUCGGCAACCGGGAGGCGGCGCGGCUCGACCGGGAACUGAGAGAAGUACUGGAUGAGAUGGCAGCAGAUCCUGAACUCAAGAAGAAACUACUCUCCGGCAGAAGAGUAGAGUUGGCAGAAGAGUUAAAACGAGUCCGGCAAGUCCAGGAGCGACUGGAGGAAUUCAUAGAGGCUCUGAACAAGGAGAAAUAGAUGUUAUAUAUAAUGUAUAUUGUAGUUACACCAGGGCUGCGUUUAGUAGGCACAGACAUAUGUAACAAUAGACGUGCAAACUCGAAAACCUCUUUGUCGCUUUGGUAAUUUGUUGGGCACAAUUUUUAUUCUCGUAAGGCUUGCUGUCCUACCUAUUAGUAGUCCUACUUAUUACGUUAGAUGAAAUUUAAAUCAUUUUCAGUCGGAAUAUAGAUGAAUUUCUUUAUUUAUUUAUUUUUUUCUUUUCUUUAUUUCGUUCAAUUCUUAACCUAAAUAAACUAUGACCAAACCAAAAUACACUCUAUUCCCUACACUAAAGGUUCAAAUUUCUUUGCCAAAUUUUGGAUUCGUUUCUUGUAUGGCUGAGCCUUAGGAGGCUAUUGUAAGGCGAUAAUUAUCACUGACAAAUAUUAUCUAGCAAUGUAAUUAUUACCUAGAUUUGUAGGACUAUGACGUGGCAAUCAUGGAUAUUUUUAAAUCUGGUAAAGACUUAAAUUAAACGACGAAACGUGUUGCUGUUUUUUUGGAAUUGGAAUCGUACCUUUAUGAUUAGUAAUAAUAGUUUUUUUAUUUAUUUAUUGAUAAUGGGAAACAAACAGCGAAAGAUGACACAUAUAGAUAAUUACACUUAAAUACAUACAUAAGCCAAAACAGUUUCCACUACUGAAAUUAGAUAAUUAUGGUUGCUCAGACAAGACUUGUUUGUACAAUUCAAUUAAACUAUCUCUAGAUCUAGUGCUAAAGAACUAAACAAUGCGAAUUUAAAACCACAAACGUGACAUGCAUUAAUUUAACUUAAUUUUACAAUAGUAAACUAUCAAAAUCAACUAUAUUAUUUGCCCUAAUAGUAGCAGAGUUAUAUUAUAUUAUUUGUUCAUUUGCUCUUAAUUAGUAGUUAUGAAAUACUCAAACCAAAAUAGAUGUUCUCAUAUUUUUCCAUAUUUAUUACAAUGACUUUUUAUAACAAAUGUUAACGAAAUGUAAACGGCAUAACAGUUUUGACUUUGCUCGUCUAUUUUAUAUUACAUGUCUGUGGUAGAUGCAUUACGGUUGUAUUAUGUAUAGGAAAGUCACUAAUAAUAGGGACUAUUAACCGGUAAAUCUCAUCAUGUUGAUUGUAUAUUUUUACCAUUUAAUGAUCUACGUCGCAUUCAUUCUAAAUGGCAUAUUUUACAAACGUAUAUAUUUUUAAAAAACCGGUAAUCCCUGAAAAACUAUUAAGAUUAAGAUAUACUCAAUAUCUCCUUCAUUGUUGAUUAUAUAUUAAAUCAAAUAUAUGAGUUUAUCACACAAAUAUGUCUCACAUGUUUUAUAGUACAGUCAAGGGCAUAAAUAUAUAUACAUUCCCAAAGUUUCAAAAAUAUGUGUACGCUCUUACAACUUAGACAAUAAAGUGGUGUUCACAUAUUUUUGAGCCAUUUCAUUUGUCAAUUUUUGUGUUGUAUCAAUAUUUUUGCCUUCGACUGUACCUAUAGUCGUGAUCGGAAGGCAUACUGCCAACUUUAAAAAAAAUGUUAUCUACCUCAUCACUAUUGCAUAUUCGAGCGACAGAGAUGCAGAUAGAGUCAGACUAAGCCAAUUUGGCAGCGAUUUUGAUAGCAGAGACUGUGCAAGUGUUAAGUAAAUGCACAGAAUAAGUAAUAGUAUUAUCAUACAGAACGGCCACGCCCCGCCCCGCCCCGACUCGAAUGCCCUCGCCCCGCGACAGCAGAUUGACGGCCGUUUGCCGGCCGUUCUGUACUAGUUUUAAGCAACUCACUUACACAAUAACGUAUGCCGCGUGUACAGACGUGCCGUUCACACAUAGAAACGCAAGUGAUUUUUGAUGUAUAGCGUGUUCGCCCUCUGGUAAAAGUAAUAAUUUCAUAGAAGUAGCACAGUGUGCUAUCAAAAUCACUGCCAAAUUAACUUGGUCUGACUCUAAUGUUUUUAAAUUUUUGGCUUUGGCAGUAGGCCCUUAGAUACAAAAAGCGAACAGUGUUCAUAAAUAUCUGGGUACAAAAAUUAUUAAAUAAAAAUAGUGUAUGUACAUGUACCAAAGCAUCCCAUACCAAGUUUUUUUUUACAUUUUCAGUCAUAUAUUUGAUUAAUUUCACGAAGGCAAAACUAUAUCUUAUUGUCAUUACAUUAAAGUCCUUAUUUAUUUAAAACUCAUUGCCUUUGUGAUUAUACCUUUUCAAUGAAGUGAGAAUGAGACAACUGCUGCUAGUGCUGCUAUUGCGCACUAAAUGUGUCGGUUUCAAAUAGAAGGUCGUUUUGUCAGCGCAUCAAUAAGGCGCUUAGGACAAGCGCGCACUACUAUUUUAAUUUUUGCGACACGGUUUUAUGAUCAAGAUGUGCCAUUUUCAACCAAAAGGGUACUUAUUGUCGCUUAUCAGUAAGGCGCUAUUUCCAUAUAGCUCCAAUUAGAGAUCAACCUUAUCGACAAGCGACAAUGUGGUACCUUUUGGUUGAAAACGUCACACUUUUUGUCGUAUAUGCGCGCACUGACACAUCCGAUGCAUUAAAAAAAAUACGUUUAUUACCAGACACAAAAUAGUACAGCAAUGGAAAAAACACAGAAACAUUAUGUUGUAGGUAACUUAAACUAGUUAGUAGAUUUUUUAGUGUUUUUUAGUGUUGUGAUUUGUUAGUGUGUUUUGUAGUGUUGUAUUUCUGCAGCAAAAAUCGUAGUGCGUGCUUAGCCUUACUCUAACCAAAAAUGUGGUAGACUUAGACCAAGAUAAGUCUGCAAUCAUUUAGAUAGCACACGCAGUGAAAGUGUUAUUUAUACGUCAUCAUUUCUUAGAAGUUUGACGUUUAAAAUAAAACUUGCACUGCGUGUGCUAUCUAAAUCGUUGCAGACUUAUCUUGGUCUAACUCUACGUCCCAGGUCGCAGUGACGUCAGCGACGUCAUAACGACGUCAUUUGUACGUCAUAAUGACAUAACGGACGUCACGAUGACAAAUAAAUGCUACCUGGGGUCCGUUUGCGUGAAAACUCAACCUAAAGGGGGUUACAUAAGAGGGCAAAUGGUCGUUAUUUGUGCCAUUCUCAACCAAAAGGGUACUUAUUGUCGGUUGUCAAUAAGGCGCUAUUUCCAUAUAGUUUCAAUUUGAAAUCAACCUUAUCGACAAUGUGAUACCUUUUGGUUUAAAACGUCACAUUUGUUUCCUAGUUAUGUUGCUACAUGUGUUGUAUCAUUUUUUUUUAUUUAUAUAACUGCUUGUUCUAAGUUAUCUCUAAUAAAAUGUUACACU